AUGGAAGGCACGCAUACUAUCCUUCAAUUGCACAAACCCAUUAUGGAGCUUUGUUACAUCAGCUUCUAUCUUCCAGAGGGGAAAGUCAGAGGAUUUACUUACAAGGGCUGCAUAACUUUGGAUAGAAACAGUAAACGUUCCUGUAGCUGUUAUCAAGUAAGGGAGAUGUUAGAGAUGGAGCUGAGAGAAAAGCCAUAUGAAAACUUUGGAGAUAUUAUUUUCAAACGAACUACCACGAAAGACAUUCUCACUGAGCUGUACAAGCUAACUGCUGAAAAGGAAAAACUCUUAUCCAGUCUUUUGAGAUCACGUCGUAUUCUGGGCCUUAACACAAGACAUCAGGAGGGAAAGCAACAGGACGUUUCUGGCAUCCUGAAACGUAAAGGUGUUGAUUCCUCCAGUUUUACACAUCAGCAGAGGUUCUGUCUGGAUUCAACAAAUAAAGAUGGUUUGAAUCACAAGAAAAUGAGAAGAUAUAGAAGGAAAGAGAGCUCUGAGGAGUUCAGACACCUGAAAAGGGGAGAAAAGAUACAUGAACAACAUCUUUCUUUACUUGAAAUAAAGAAGACAGUCCCCACAAGAUUUCCUACCAGGAAUUUUUCCAGUUCUUUUUCUACCUCCAGUUGGCUAACAGUAAAAGGUAACGAUGACUUACCAAUAGACAAUAUAAGACCAGAAAAGUGGGUAGGAGAGGGCUAUUUUCUUCAGAGCAGCACAGCUGCGAAACUGGAUGCUGACUUAAGUUCUAGCUCAAGAGACAACAAUGACAUGGUUGCAGUUGAACUAAUGGGUAAUGGGGAACACAUGCCUGAAGUUACAGAGGUACAUCAGAGCAUUGCUUCGGUAAAGUCAUCUCAGGAUACUCUAUCUAACAAACUUGAGACCUUAAGUAAUUCUCCAGCUUCUGAAAGCUUGGAAAGUAACAGGUAUACUGAGCCAGUGUGGAAGGAGAAACAAGGAAUCACAGUUGUUCCUGAAGUACAGGAUUCAGAAGCUUGUAUCAAAGAAGUUGCCAAACCCCCUGCAGAGUCUCUACCUGAUUUUCACAGGGAUAAAGAAAACAUUUCUCCUGUUCUCACCACAGCACAUAAUGACUUGGUAUCAAGAACUGAUGUAUACUCUGUAGAUGAAGCUGCUGGAGACUCAAAAAACAUUGUGCUGCAGGAAAAGGAGCAAGCCGGCUCUGGUUUGCAGUACAAAGCAGAGAGAGUGCACAUUACCGAUGAGUCAUGCAACCUUGUGGGAGCAGUCAAUAAAGCUCUUCUGAAAGUUAUACGGAGCGACAGUUUAGAUGAAGCUGCAGAAUGGAAGAGACUGCAACAAAUUACAAGAGUAGACCGAAACCUGCCAGGCUCAAUGUAUGAGAAAAGAACCACGGUAUCCCGGGGAAGCAGCAAGCAUUUGUUUUUGAACCUGCCUCUAAAUGAAAGUCCUGAUACUUCUCAAACGAGUAAUAAUCUUAAACUGGAAGAGAAAAGGCUGCAUUCACCCUCAUUAGUAGCAGUGAGUAAUGUUUUCAGUAAUUCAUAUCCUCUAUCUAAUACACACAAGCAAAUGUCACCUAUUCCUUCUCCAUUAUCUUCAAGACUGCCUAGCCCACAGCUCCACCAUCGGAUUCUACCACUACCAGCACAGAACACCGGGGACGAGUCUAUGUUCACUGACUACAGCAGUGGGAAGCACAGUGCUAUAAACUUUUCUUUCAGUGAUUUGGAGCCACAGUUUUACCUGAAGCUUUCUGAACCUGGAGAAUUGGGAUUUACCACCAGACAACCCGGCCGACAUCAGAAUACAACUGCAGGGCGUUUUGAGAAGCACGCUGUACAUGAAAAAUCAACUAAUCAGGAGCAGCAGAAUUUCUGUCCAGGUCAGUCCCGUUUCAUACAUUUUUGA